CACGCUGGUCUUGAACUCCUGACCUCAGAUGAUCUCCCAACCUCAGCCUCCCAAAGUGCUGGGAUUGCAGAUGUGAGCCACCGCGCCCAGCCUAUUUCUUCACAUUGUUGUCAAAAUGUUAUCACACACACACACAUACAAAUUUUUUUUCAGCCCUCUUUCAUGUAUCUGUUGGCAUUUGUAUGUCUUCACUGAAAAAACACUUAUUGGGUCUUUUGCCUGUUUUUCAAUUUGAUCAUUAUUAUCAUUAUUACUGUAUUUCCUUUGAUCUGUAUGAGUUCCUCAUAUAUUGUUGAUAUCUCCCUUUUUAUCAGGUAUUUGGAUUGCAAAUAUUUCCUCUCAUCCUGCAGGUUUUCUUAUUUUAUUGUUUUUCUUGCUGUGCAGAUGCUUUUUAGUUUCAUGUAGUCCAACUUGUUUAUAUUUGCUUUUGUUGCUGUACUUUUGGUGCCAUAUCCAAAAAAUCAUUACCACUACCAGUAUCAAGUAGUUUUAAAAAUGUUUUAAGAUUUUUAAGUAUUCGUGUUUAAGUCUUUAUUUUAAUUUCUUGGUAUUGUGUAAGAAAAAAUGGUCUAAUUUCACUUGCAUAUGGAUAUUCUUUUUCCCCAGCAUCAGUCAUUGAAGAGACUAUCUUUUAAGUAUUGUAUGUUCUUGAUGCCCUUGUUAAAGAUUCACUGAUCUUAUUAUGCAUGGGUUUAUUUCUCAUCUAUUUUGUUCCAUUUCUUGUUUCAUUUUUUGUAUGUAUAACAUCAUGCUCUUUUUACCAUAGUUUUCAAAUAGAGCUUUAAAUCAGAAAUUAUGAUACCCUCAGCUUUGUUUUUAUUUCUUGAGAUUGCUUUCACUAUUCAGUGUCUUGUAAUGCUUUAUAAAUUGCAAAAUUGUAUUGUUUUAAAAAUUGCCACUGGAAUUUUGAUAGGAAGUUUUUUGAAUCUAUUGGUUGCUUUGGAUAAUAUGGCAUUUUACAAUAAUUAGUCUUCCAAUUCAUAAACAUUGGAUAGCUUUACAUUUAUUUGUUUUUUUCUUCAGUUUAUCAGUAUUUUCUUUUCCAAUAUAAAGAUCUUUCAGUUCUUUAAAUUUUUUGUUAAGAAAUUUAUUUAGAUGUUCUUGUAAAUGAGGUUUUCUCUUUCUUUUUUUUUUUAAAGACGGGGUUUCACCAUGUUGGUCAGGCUGGUCUUGAACUCCUGACCUCAGGUGAUCCGCUCACCUUGGCCUCCAAAGUGCUUGGAUUACAGGCAUGAGCCACUGCGCCCGGCCAAGGUUUUUUCUUUUUCAUUAGAUGGUUUGCAGUUAGUGUAUAAAAACAAACUGUUAUUUGUAUAGUCUUUUAUAUUCUAAUUUACUGAGACUUUGGUUUCUUACUUAUGGCUUUCUACAUAUAAGAUGUAGAAAUAUUUUUACUUCUUUUCAAUUUUUAUGGCUUUUAAAAAUUUUUUCUUGCCUAAUUAUUCUGUCUAGGACUUCCAGGACUAUGUUAAAAUAGAAGCAUUGAUAAUGGGCACAAUAUCACUUUGAAUUGGUGUCUGUGCAUUUGAAGGAGGAAACACCUCUUCCAGUUUUUAUAAACUGGUUUAUACAGGUAAAGAUUUUAUCCUAUUGGGUUCCCAGGCUGAUAUUUUGUGGGUUCACAGUAGAGGGGGGAUAUAUCAGGAUCCUAAGGUUGUUUCAGGGUCUACAAUGGGGUCUGCCUUUGCUGUGCUUAUUUCCAGGGGCUUGGGUGCUUGUGAAUUUUCUUACUCCUUGGCCAACUGAGUUGUCUUCAGCACUCUGACCUGUAGAGCAGACACUUGGCCUAAUACCAAGUGUUUCCAUGUGUGUGGCUCCCACACAAUACUUGCAGGGUUUCUGCCAGCUCACUUUGUGGGUCUCACUUUAACAGUACUGGCCAUGCAAUGUAGAUAAAGGUCUAGAACCACAGUAAAUGUCAAGGUCUGCAGUUCUGCAUCUGUAGCCAUCAAUGAGCAUUUUACCCUUGCUCUCUGGAUGUGCAGGCCCUCUUCUUGACUAUGGCUGGGAGGAGUUGACAGUUACAGUGUUAUUUCAGAAUUCUAAGUGGAAUCAUGUCAAAUGGGCCAUUUCCUGUUCUGUAGCCAAGACCAGGGGUCCUCAAAUUUGCCACCUGAAGGAAGACUUGCUUUCUGAAAAGGACCUUCCUUGGGCUUAUGCUUUUAGAAGCAUAUUACAACCCACUCCCUGAAUCUCAAAGCCAUCAUAAAUGUAUUUUUUGUGUGACAGGGUCUUGCUAUAUUACCCAGGCAGGUCUCAAACACCUGGCCUGAAGUAAUCUGUCUGCCCGAGCCUCUCAAAUAGCUGGAAUUUGGUGCCUGGCUCUCUCACAAUGACACUUUUGUCCAUAGAUGGCUGAUAAAGUAUUGUUGCUUUGGAAGAUACACAAGAAGAUGACCUCCUAUUCCAACAUCUUGCUGAUUUGACUUUUCCUAUAUGGGUUCACUUUCCAUUUAUUUUUCUCUCCGCAUUUCAAAUUAGUGUAUAAUUUUUAAACAAACAUAUAUUUGGGAACCCUGAUGGGGAACAUAUGUUCUCAUUAAAUCUUAUUUGUAUUCAUGAGUGCUUAUAAAUUACAUAUGUUCCCAAUAAAUGAACCCUUUUAUUAUUAUUUGAUGUUCAUAUUUUCUCUUGUAACAAUUUUGGCUUAAAGUAUACUUUGUGAAAUAUAACAGUUGUUGACAUAUGAUGUACUUUGCCCAAUAUAAUUGUUACCUUUCCAACUAUCAUUUGGUUACCAUUUGCAAGGAAUUUUUUCUCCUUGUACUUUUAGUCUAUUAUUCCAGUGAUCUAAAUGUAGUCUCUUAGAGGCAAGACAUAGUUUGUUAUUUAAAAAUUUUUUUCCCAAUCUCUUUAUUUAGUCUUUUGACGUGCAAGUUUUGUUGAUCAAUAUUUAAUUAGUUGUCUAAAACAUAAUGACUUACUAUUGAUAUUUAUUGUUUUAUUGGAUUCUUGGAGCCGUUUUUUUCCUCCUUUUCUCUCUGUCUUUCAAUGUUUUUCUGAGCUUAGUGACAUGCUUCUACUCUUUUUUCUGUUUGUUUAUGUGUGUAUAUCUCUAUAGGUAUUUUCUUUGUGAUUACAAUGAGAAUUACUAAAACUUCUGAAGUUACAAUAUAAACUAACUGGCAAUAGCUUAACUUCAGCUGCAUACAGAGUUUGUUUUCAUUAUAUUUAACCUAAACUUAUGUUACUGAUGUGGCUAAUUAUAUAUUUUCAUAUUAUAUAUACAUCAACAAAUGUUUUUUAUUAUUCUCAUGCUUUUUUCAAAUUGUGGAGCAUAAGUAAAAGAGCACCAUCAUUAUAAAACUACAGAAUUUUAUUUUUGUGUAUGUGUAUAUCUUUCCUAGAGAGUUAUGUAUUUGUAUACAAUUGUUUUGUUUAAUAACACAUUUUACUUUCAAUGGGCUGCACUCCAUUUUACACUUCCUAUAGGACAGUUAUACUGGUGAUGUAGUUUUUCUGCAUUUGAUUAUCUUGGAAAUUCUUCAUCUUAAUUCUGAAGGAGAGUUUUAGUCUUAAUAGUAUUCUUGCUUGAAAUUUUUUUUUUCUUUCAGCACCCUAAUUAACUCCCUUUUGCCCUGCAAGGUUUCUGUUGAUAAAUUCACAGAUAAUCUCAUAGAAAAAUGCUUAGAUUGUAUUCCUCUCUUUGAUUUCAAAAUUUUGCUUACAAUGUAUCUUGUUUUGGGUCUUUUUGUGUGCUUAUUCUUGAUAUUUUUAUAACUUACAUAUAAAAAUUUAUUUUCUUAUAUUCUUCAGCCCCACAUUGUGUUUCUUAUUAAAUAUUUUAUUAUUUUGUUAAUACUCUCAUUUCCUGAUUUUAUGCAACUGUCUUUGUUCCCAUUUCACUUAUUUGUAGUUUUUAAGAUACAUAAUUAAUUUUUAGAAUUAAUUUAUUUGUUUCCUUGAUUGGGCCGUGUUACCUUGAUAACUUCACAUGUUGUAAUCUUUGGUUGACAUUUGGGCAUUAACAAAAUGCCACCUAUCACACUCCUUAUAAGUGGGUUUGUCCUGGAGGAGGCUGAUAGCUAUUUGUCAGGCUAGGGACUCUUAGAGCCUCUCAAGAGUUCUUAUGAUUUGUAUUCUCUGGAAUUGUGUGUUUACUUUUCAGCUAAAGAGAUUUGUUCAUGCUUCUUUCUAAAAACCUGUAAUCAUAUGCUACAUCUGGUGUCUGUCUGUGGCACUGUGAUCUCUCUCUGCUGCUAUAACAAUUAUUUACCUUUUGUCUUAGCAGACCAAAGCUGUCAUUAAAACCAUACUGCCAUUUCUUUCAGCACUCUUUGUUAUGGGAGACAGAAACCAACCUUUGGAAAGCCCCUAAAAGCCAGGCAUACGGGCACGUGUGCAACUUUUUUUUGCUUUGAGGGAGAAUCCAGGAGUUGGAAGUUUACUCUUAAAGACACCAUCCUGUAUUGGGUUGGAGGAAUGGCUGUAUAUAUAAAUGUAACAAAUUUUACUUUCUAUUCCAUGUGGAUUUUCCAGUUGUACUCACCUAGGGUGUUGCAAACUCUUAACUAGAUUUUGUAGUUUUAAUAACGGAGUUUUUGUCAGUAUAUUUUUGUUAAGUUUAUAUGUUCAAAAAGGAAUUAGGGCCUGUGGUAUUUUAUUAUGCCAUCUUGCUAAUAUGUCUGAUAUAAUUAUAUUGAUUAGACUUGUAAAGUAUAUGUACUAGAGAUAAGUAAGUUGGGUAAGUUUUUAUUUUUAUUUCUUUCAGCUAUUUUAUCUUAUUUUAUUCAAGACCUCUUGCCAGAGCAAGACAUGAAAGAUUUAUGCCAAAAAGUGACACUGACAAGAUAUAGAAGCUAGGGCCUUAACUAUUUGCAUUUAAUGAAAGACCGGAAAACUGUGAGUGAGGGUAAGAAGCAGAAAGAAUGUUAUAAUAGAGUUACUCAGUGUUCACCAACUAAAAGCAAAAUCUUUCUAUGUGAUGAAUGUGGCAAAAAUUUUAGCCGGAGGCCGAUCCUUACUGAACAUAAGAGAAUUCAUACUGGAGAGAAACCACACAAAUGUGAAGAAUGUGGCAAAGUUUUCAAUCGAUGUUCAAACCUAGCUAAGCAUAAGAGAAUUCAUAAUGGAGACAAACUUUACAAAUGUGACGAAUGUGGCAAACUUUUUAAUUGGUGGUCACAAAUGGCUAGCCAUAAGAAAAUUCAUACUGGAGAGAAACCAUACUCAUGUGACGAAUGUGGCAAAGACUUUAACAAGUUCUCAAACCUUACUCAACAUAAGAGAAUUCAUAGUGGAGAGAAACCCUACAAGUGUGAAGAAUGUGGCAACGUUUUUAAUGAGUGCUCACACCCAACUAGACAUAGAAGAAUUCAUACUGGAGAGAAACCCUAUAAAUGUGAAGAAUGUGGCAACGCCUUCACCCAGUUUACAAGCCUUACUCAUCAUAAAAGAAUUCAUACUGAAGAAAAACCCUAUCAAUGUGAAGAAUGUGGCAAAACUUUUAAUCGGUGUUCACACCUAAGUAGUCACAAGAGAAUUCAUACUGGAGAGAAACCCUACAAAUAUGAAGAAUGUUGUAGAACCUUUGCUCCAUUUUCAAACCUCACUCAGCAUAAAAUAAUUCAUACUGGAGAGAAACCCUACAAAUGCAAAGAAUGUAGCAAAGCAUUUAACAAGUUCUCAAGCCUUACUCCACAUAAGAGAAUUCAUACUGGAGUGAAACCCUACAAAUGUGAAGAAUGUGGCAAAGCUUUUAAACAGCACUCUCACCUAAGUAGCCAUAAGAGAAUGCAUACUGGAGAGAAACCCUACAAAUGUAAAGACUGUGGCAAAGCUUUUUACCAGUCCUCAAUCCUCAGUAAGUAUAAAAGAAUUCAUACUGAAGAGAAACCCUACAAAUGUGGAGAAUGUGGGAAAGCGUUUAACCAAUUCUCAAGCCUCACUCGUCAUAAAAGAAUUCAUACUGGAGAGAGACCCUGCAAAUGUAAAGAAUGUGGCAAAGGUUUUUACCAAUCCUCAAUUCUUAGUAAGCAUAAGAUAAUUUAUACUGGAGAGGAACCUGACAAAUGUAAAAAAUGUGGCAGUCUUUAAAAACUGCACAUAUUAUACAUGGCUUUAGUAAUUUCACACUGAAUAAAAGUAUGAACGUAACCACUGUUUAAGGAUGUUUCACAAAAUUUAAGCUUCAGAGUGCACCACCCUAUACUGAAUGAAAUUCACAAAUGUAAAGGAUUAUAAUACCUUUGUGUAUUUCAAAAAUCUUACUGUAAAUAGAAUUUGUACUAGAGGAAAACCCUUAAAUAAUUUCUCAGACUUUAUUCAACUUCAGAGAAUUUUACAGGGAAAACAAAACCUCACACAAAAGUGGAAAAAACAUUUUUCCAAGACAUAUGCCUCAGAAAACACUAUCGUUUAUAGAAUAUAUUUUACAGAUGCAGUGAAUAUAAGCAAAUGUGCAAAAUUAAGUCUAAAUAAACAUUACAUAAUUUACUGUAGAAAGUACUAAGGCACUAACACUUUCAGAUGUCACUUCAAGGUAGUGUUGAUUGUAGAGAAUCAUUCAAGGUUACAAUAGAUAAUUUAAUGGUAGGUAAAUCUAAAUGAAGCAAGAGAUGAUGCCUUUUUGAAGUUACAGUUACAUUCAAGUUAUACUUUUUUGCAUUAAAUGCUUUUAUAUUUUU